CCCCGCAGUCCUUUGCAUUGUGUCUGUCGGGUGGGAAUCGCUGCUGCAAGCGAGGCAUGCUCGGCUACCUGUCUAUUGCUAUGGAGGCUGCGGCUCCUUCAGCUUCCGCUGCCUCCUGCCCCUCUCUGUGGCUUGGAGGUCUAGCUGAGAGUUCCUUAUAUUUGCUCUUGCCUCUCGGCAUUUCUGCUGGUGGAUCAAUGGUGCUUAGCCCAGCACAUGGAACAAAUCCUGCCUGGAUUCUGUCUCUCCCAGCUGAGAGUAAGAGCAAAGCGGAAAGUUCGCAGGAAGAAAGUGCAGGGCAUCUUGGGAUGCCCUUGAAUGUCCCCCAAUGGGAAGGCGAUCAUGGGAUCCAGCAAGGAGACCCUGCAGAAGACCAAUCGACUGUGCGUAAACAAAAGUUCAAGGAUCCCACUGGGUCCCUGUGUGGCAAGUCUAAAUCCUACAGAUGCUCUGAUUGUGGGAAGAGUUACCGCAGGAGCACAGAUCUCUUAAGGCACCAGAGAACCCAUACUGGAGAAAGGCCUUACCUGUGCCUGGACUGCGGGAAGAGCUUCAGUCGAAGUUCAGUCCUCCUUGAACACCAGAGGAUCCACACGGGUGAAAAGCCGUACAAAUGCAGCCAUUGUGGGCAAGGGUUUAGCCAGAGUUCCAACCGGAACCAGCAUGAGAGGACUCACAGCAAGGAGAAAAUGAGUAGCCCGGCAUGUUGGGGAAAGAAUCAGCAAAGGACAGAUGACCAGAAGAGCAGCUCUACAAGUGCGAUGACAACUGACAAGGUUCUGGGAGCUGAGCUGGGACCUGGAGGGGGCUCUCAGUUGCCUGGGGGAAACUUCUCUUGGAGCCUGAAGAUGUUGAAGUACCAGAGGAACCACUUGGUUGAGAAGCCCUACAGGUGCCCACAGUGCGGGAAGUGCUUUGUGCGCAGCACAGAUUUCAUUCGGCAUCACAUCACUCACACAGGAGAGAAGCCCUACACCUGUGGGAAGUGUGGCAAGAGUUUUACACGCAAUUCUGUCCUCACCGAGCACCAGCGCAUCCACACAGGCGAGAGACCCUACAAGUGCAGGCUGUGUGGAAAGGGCUUCAGCCAGAACUCCAACCGUAAGCAGCACGAGACAAUCCACCAAGCCAAGAAACCUUUCAAAUGCCUCCUAAAAGGCAAGAAAAUGUUAAACUGGGGACUGGGAUUCAUUAGGCAACAGAAAAUCCACUCUGCUGGUAGAAAAACCUGAUAAGUCCAAGAAGUAUUCAGAGUGAAUUUGAGUCCACUAGGAAUCCAAGAAACUGAAGUGGGAAGGAAAGCCCACUUUUAUGUGUGGGGGAUUUUCUCUUCUUUUGGAGAGGUAGGGGGCAGGAGAGAACUGCCAUUAUUUGAAAACAAAGUAUUCUUGUUACAGAAAUACCAGGCAAGAAACCUGUUUGGCCAGCAUUAUUUUCAAGGAGGAAACAAAGCCAUUAUUCCAGUUACACUUUUUUUUAACAUCGUCCUGAACACAACAUUGUCUUCUUUUUAAUAAUAUGUUUGGGAGGGGCUGCUUUCAUAUACUUGUAUGUAUUCCAGUCCUAUGCAUUUACUCAGAAGUGAAUCUCACUAUCUGGCACUUAUUCCCAUAGAACUGAGCUUAUUAGAAAACAGAGCCAGGUGUCACCAGAAUGUAUGUGUGUGUUUUGUCUUUGUAUCUGGUUAUGAUUACUGAGGCAUAGGACGGGCACAGUGAAAUUUGUUUUUCAGUCACAUUCUUUAAAAGUUGAGGGGUGUGUACUGCUUGGCUGUUUUUACACAACCUUACAGAAGAUUGUCCAAGAUGGAACAAUCACAAUUAAACAAUCAUACGUUUGGUGCUCAA